UCUAUUAUUCUGCAAUUUUCAUCGACUCUAUUAUCUUGCGAGUCGCGAGUUCCCUAAUCGAAACGGGAAUAAGGAACGCAACAUAAUUAAAAAUCUGUGCCGGAUUUACGUGUACGUUGUUGACGUGGCGCUGUAAAUUAUAAAGCUAGAAUUUCUAUAUUUUAGUCACUGAAAAAUUGAUUUUACUGAAAUUACGUUAAUACGCUGCGAAAUAAUGUUAAUAACAUUGUACACAGUUCUUGCCAUAACAGCGGUAUUUGCUGGUGUUCCCAACCAGGAUGAGUCUAAGCGGAUGAUGGACCACUUGUCGGAUGCUGAACAUUAUAGAAAUGAGCAUCACAACAAACAAUUUGACCAUGACGCAUUCCUCGGGGAAGAUCAAGCUAAAACAUUUGAUCAAUUGUCGCCUGAAGAAAGCAAGAGAAGACUAGGAAUCAUCGUCGACAAGAUAGAUUCUGACAGUGACGGAUUUGUUUCUCUCGUUGAGUUGAAGGAUUGGAUUCGUUACACGCAGAAGAGGUACAUCGAGGAGGACGUGGAAAGACACUGGAAGCAGCACAGCCCUAAUCAUGACGACCUUAUUCCUUGGGAGACAUACAAGAAGAAUGUGUACGGCUUCAUGGAAGAUAUGACAAAUAAUGAGUUGAGGAAUGCCGAGGGUGCGACUUACACCAACCUGAUGAAGAGAGACAGACGCAGGUGGCAUUAUGCUGACGGUGAUCAAGAUGAUGCUCUGAACCGCACCGAAUUCGGCUGGUUCCUUCACCCCGAGGACCACUCCGGCAUGAGAGACGUGGUCGUUCUGGAGACUAUGGAAGACAUAGACAAGGAUAAGGACGGUAAGGUGUCCCUGGAGGAGUACAUCGGUGACAUGUACAAGCCGGAGGAGGGAGACGUGGCCGAGGACGAGCCGGACUGGGUCAAGCAGGAGAGGGAACAGUUCACGGGAUACAGAGACACAAACAAGGACGGUUACAUGGACGAGCGCGAGGUGAAAGAAUGGAUCGCCCCGCCCGAGUUCGACCACGCGGAGGCCGAGGCGAGGCAUCUCGUGUUCGAAGCGGACUCGGACGCCGACGAGAAGCUGACCAAAGACGAGAUACUGGACAAGUACGACCUGUUCGUCGGAUCACAGGCGACCGACUUCGGCGAGGCCCUGGCCAGGCACGACGAGUUCUAGAUUGGAAUUUUAUUCGAGAAUAUUCGUUCUCGAUAUAAAAUAUUAGCGUCUCAACAAAGUUUAUGUUAAUUAACAGCUCGAAUUUUAUGUUUCUGGUGUAUUAUUUGUCUUUGGUACAAACCUGUGUAAUCAUGUCGUACAAAUAAAAAAUCGUAUACAUUAAUUCCCAUAAGUUACUCACAGUUAAUAUCAUUAACCAUUUAUUUACAAUGAUUUUUAUUCUUAGAAACGGUGUUGCUAGACGCUAAAAAUUCAAAUGAAAAAUUACUUCAGUGUUGCCAGCUUGAAAUUAAAAUAUUUUUAGGGCAUCUUUUGUUUAUGUAUCGCAUUAUAUAUAUAUUGUCUGAGCCAUAUAAGAUUGUCUGUAGAUUUAGUUUUAUAUAAUAAUAUAUUAACUCAUACUAAAAUGUUAUUAGUGAAUCUCUUCAACUUGUGAAAUUAUUUACUUACAUUAGUAAUAAUUAAAUUAGCUAAGACUUAUCGUAAAAUGCCAAAGCUUUUGAUGACUAAUCUGUUAUAAUAACUUUACUAUCUGUGUUACUACUUAAUAUUACUGAAAUUCCAUAUUCUAUGCAUUUAAUAUUGUUUUUAAGUAACUUAGUUUAAGAAAUGAGUCGAUCUUGUUUGAGAGCCAUUAAAUGUUUCCUGUAUUCCAACGUAACGUAUUUUUUGAAUAAACGAUUUUGAUUUUAA